UUCUUCUCCAUGUCCGCGUCAAAGAUAAAACUGGUCUCCUGGGAUCUGCUUCACACUCUUGUGCUACCAAGAUACCCUAUUGCUGUCGCAUACCAGCGCUCGUUUGAACCUUUCCUGGGAAGGCUAGACCUUGCUGCUCUUGAACGCUCGUUUCCAAUCGCUCUGCGCCGACUGCAAAAGGAUAAACCGCUGUAUGGCGGCGACUCUCGGGACUGGUGGUCACAAGUAAUCUGCCAGACAGGACUCGGCGCUGGAGCGGAUCCACACACACUCGAUGCUUCCUUACCCAGUAUCGUGGACAAUUUGAUGACCGUAUUCAGUAGCAAAGAGGGCUAUAAGGCGAGAGAGCAUUCAAUACAAGUCUUAAACGAAUUGAACCAACUGGGAGUGCACACUGCCGUUGUCAGCAAUGCCGACUCUCGCAUGCUAUCCGUUAUUCAGGAUCUCGGGUUUCCUCGCACUUUGUUUCCUGUUAUACUCAGUGAAGCGGUCGGGUUCGAAAAACCCUCAAUCGAAAUAUUCCAUCAUACUCUUGAGCGCGUUAACGCGGGGAGAGAUGUAAAAAUUGCAUUAUCGGAGUGCGUUCACAUUGGUGACGAGAUAGAGUGCGACUACAACGGAGCACGAGAGGCAGGUAUGAACGCGUUGUUACUGAAGAGAGUUGACGAGGCGGAGGGCUCGACGGAAGGAAAUGGUGAGACGGUCGAUGAUAUGGAGCAAAUUCUCGACUGGGUCCGAAAACGGUUGUAG